CCUCCCAAUCAAUUGGCUCUCUUCUUUUUCCCUUAUUGUUUGUCUAGAUUCGUCCUCUGCCACCAACCCGCCGCCGUAGAUCUCUUUGGUGGCGGCGAUUACACCAUAUAUUUGUUAGUUUUAUUGUUAUGGGCUGCGGUGGCUCAAGGCUAGGAGGUGCGGCAGCGGCGAGAGCAGAAGAGGGCGGCGUUGUUCCACUUCCCGCGGGAAUACGUCCGCUUCUCCGGCGAAGAUUAGAGGAGAUGAAGAAACGGAGCCAUGCAAGCGUCUUAAAAGGAAACCAGACGUUGUCCAAGAAGGAGCUUCUAAGGCACGGCUCCUCUGAGGUUGACGACGGAGAAGAGAUGGAGGAGAAACACGACAGCUUGAAGUUGUCGGCUAAGGUUGCUCCUGUGCCUGAUCAUCACGUGGAAGAGAAGAAAGAGGUUAUUUAUGAAAAUAUUUCGUCGAGAGAUGGUAUUAAAGAAGUGAAGAAACAAGAUGAAGACAAUCAUCAUCAUGAUUUCGUUGAUGAUGUAGCCAUGAAUGUUAACAAAGAGGGAGAUAAUGGUUCUAACCAUAAUGAGCAUGACAAGGUCAUCAAUGAUAAGAAGGAAGAAGAUGAUUGUGUUGAUCAUGAUGAAGGGAGGAUGAGCAACUUUGAUGAGAGGAUGAUAUGCCCUGGAUCUCCAAGCUUUAGGGUUUAUUGCAUCGAUGUUACUUCUGAUGAUGAUGAAGAAGAAAAAGAUGCUGAAGACACGAGAAAGUCGAUGGAAUCCGAAAGCGUCAUCAUAGAAUCAAAAGAGGAUGAAAGCAUCGUCAAAAAGGAGAAAAGAGAAAGAAAAGCAAAGAGAUUCGGAAUAGCAUUGCCAAGGAAGUAUUUGGCUAAUGUGACUGCCGGAUGCAUGGGCAACCACACUCAUGCUCGUCUGGUGCAAGACAAAUCGAGCCAGUGAUCUAAAUAUGUUUGACAUCUUUGAAUUGAUUUGUUCAGGGAAGAACGGUGGGUUGUACGUACGGACGAAGCAUAAUCGAAAGACACUCAAAAGACACCCCAUCAUGUAAUCUGUUAAUUAGACCUUUGAUUUGUUUUCAGGGACUCUUGUUUCAGAAUUAGUACAAUCUCUUCUUCAUCUUUGCUUUCUCUGAGAAUAAGUUAGUGUUUGACGAAUUUUACUUCUUUUUCACGUGGACAAAUGUAAGUAAUUGAACUUGUGCAAUAAAAAAAUGUUGU